AUGUUCAGCGAACGGGUCACUCCAAUACUAUUGCUGAUAAUUUCAUUCAUCUGUUUGCUAUACUUCAGUAUUUACUUCAUAGAUGGUUGCAGCUUUUACUAUGACCACCAGUACAGCGUCUGGACGUUCGGCGUGGAGCCGUGCAGUCAACGAAUGGCCUUCUACAUCGAUAUGAGUUACAACGUCUCUGUAUUUAUACUCAUAUGCAUCAUUGAUGUGAUGGUGUUCCUGCAUUUGAGAUCAGCAACCAAAUCAUUCUUGAGCUCCUGUAUGUAUUCGUUUAUGCUGUUGUGCUUCCACCUAAUUACUCGAGUGAUGCCCAAUGGUUUCGGCCUCUUUAUGUGUACCACGUUUGUAUGGGCACUUUCUCACACCGCUGGA